AUGCGUUUCUUUUCGACUUUCUUCCUGCUCUCUAGCAGCCUCCUUCCACUCGCCUCCGCCGUAUCUCAAACCGGCCCUGCAGCGGCCGUGGCCUCGCCGGACGGUCUCAUCGUUCCUUUUAGUACGAAAUUGCCAGCUUGUGCUUCCCUUUGUGGAAAGCUUUUUGAUGUGCAAGGCGCCUGCACACCUCCGAACAUUGCCGCUGUUUCCCAAUCAUGUUUCUGCACUGAUGGUCGUCUUACUCCCUUUCUCCAACCCGGCACAGCCGGAGUGAGUAGUGUGUGCGGACCCGAGAGUUGUCAGGAUGCAACGAGUCUGGGCGAGAUCCAGAGCUGGUACGAGGGUUAUUGUAAUGAAAAGUCCCCGAAUCCGACGACAACGAGUUCGUCAACAACCAGUGGGGCUCCGACAGCCACGGGCACAGGUUCAGACUCGCAGGGGACACAUGUUGCGCACUCAGGAGGUGGUUAUACCUGGGUGGGCGCACAUUACAGAUGGAUCAUAAUGAUAAUUGUUGUGGGCGUUGGCCUUAUUCUAAUUUGGAUCGCUGCAAUUCUUAUUCGCCGCAGAUAUAUCCGCAAGAAGGAGAAGGAGAUUGAGAUGAGGCCUCCUGUAGCUUGGGGCCCACACCAAAUGCAAGGCAUGACCGGUGGCUACGGUGAUGGAAUCAUGGAUAUGAACCAUAUAGGACCAGUAGGUCCGGUCGUGGACGAAUCCAAGAUUAUAGUCGCGGAUGUGGCACCCACAAAUAGCAAUAGCGACCAGAGCAGUGGCAGUGGAUUGAGGAAACACAGAUCUUAA